GUCAAGGCCUGCGCCGGAAGUUUUGGGAACCAGAUUGCUUGCAUGUUGCUGCCCAAGAUGUUGUCCUUCAGACGUCCCAUGCGUCCAGUAUCAGCACCAGCUACACCACGGACCCUGGCGAUUUUGUUGCUGUCAAUUGAUUUGAAAAGAGACCGGUCACGAACGAUAUGCGCGCUCGCCCCGGAGUCAAUGACUUUGCUGUAGUAUUCAUUCGUUUUGUCGUUGCUGUUGUCUACUUGUCCCACGAGGACGUAGUGGCGGUUGUGACUAGAAGAUGAUGGUGUAGCACUAGAAGACUGCUGUGGACUAGGUGUUGUCGGUGGUGGAACACUACUAGUUGAUGAAGGGCUACUGGCUGUUGAAUUUGAACUACUUGGUCCUACGAGAUUUUCGCUGACUGAAGAUGCAGAAGAACUCGAUGGUGCAAAGUUCUCUGCUGUGUCAGCAGCUUGCGAAAUGCACUAGGUUCCACAAAGGCGAAAAAUGAAUAGUACGCUGCCGGUAGUAUUGUGGGAGGCGGUCGACGGCAUUACGGCCGUCGACUGCGCGCGGGAGGCAAUACAGCCCGCGCCGCUCUCAGCUCGAGCAGCAGAGCCAGGGCGUGGCUGUUCUCUCUUGUGGGGUGGCAUCAGUGCAAAACAUGCCAAGAAAAUAGGCCGCCGGCUGUUGCGCGGCGCGCCGUUGGUGCAGGUGUAUGCCGACCGCGGUCGUGUUGCGCUUCUGUUGAAGAACAAUCCGGCGGGCAUGCGGCGCUUCAAGAGCGUCGGCGGAUGGGAAACAGUGCCAGCAAAUCCCACGGAGUGGCGCAAAACCUAUGGCCACUCUUUCCUUUACUGUUCGAAACAAGACGGUCCGUGCCCAAAACGUAUCGAAGUGUCUUCUUUACGAAUGGUGGAGCCUUUAGGGCUGUGCCUGCUCACCGCAAAUGCGCUCUAUGCCGAUUCGCAGAAAAAGCACGCCCCCAAGCAAUUAGCACUGAAAGCGCGAAAGUGGCUAGGUGUUUUUGGUGAGACAGCAGAGUUCGGAGAUGGCGCGCGGUAUAGUGCUUGGCUGCCUACACAAAUGGGGCAAGGAAUGACGUACAUCCUUGCGGCAUUGUCUGCCGGUGAUAGAGAAUCGCUGACGACGCUUGUGCGCUCGAGUGUUGGAAAGGCAGUAGGCCGGUGCCAACUUUGGGCGAGUCCAGCAACUAAGCAGCACAUUGCGCUAGCUGUCGCGGAGCCAGACACUGUCGAACCGCGUUGGCAGAAAAAUCGGGACGGUCUCGGAUG